GUCACAUAUACAUGUAGUAGUGGUUACAGGAUAUCUAGUGGUGGUACAGUGACUUGUCAGCAAGAUGGCUCAUGGCUACCAGCCCAACUUCCUACAUGUGAAGAUAUCAACGAAUGUAAUGAAGGUCAUGACUGCCACUCCCAUGCCACCUGUACAAACAUACCAGGCAAUUAUCGCUGUACGUGCAACACUGGAUAUUCAGGAUCUGGACAACACUGUCAAGAAGUAACAUGCAAUCCACCUGUGAACCCAAAUCAAGGUUUUUAUAUCCCAAGAAGCGCCCCGCGAUGGUAUGCAGGAAUAUCUAUACAGUUCCAGUGUAAUAGAGGAUACAGGGUUGUUGGAGAAAGCUCAGCAACAUGUCAGAACAAUGGACAUUGGUCUUUACAGACACCACCAUGCACAGAUGUAAAUGAAUGCCAUAAUGACCCAAGACCUUGUAGCCAACAUGCACAAUGUGUAAACAAUGAAGGAAGUUAUAGAUGUACUUGCUCACCUGGAUAUUUUGGUGAUGGUGUCAACUGCAGGCAGAGAACAUGUUCUGAGCCGCCAGUGCCACACCAAGGAACAUUUGCAAGAGAUGGUAGAGUUGAAUGGGUUGUCAAUGAUAUUGUUGUGUAUUCGUGUAACACUGGGUAUGCUCUUCUUGGACAAAGGCAAGCACAAUGUACGGACAGUGGUCAGUGGAGCCCUGUGCCACCAACCUGCAGAGAUGUAAAUGAGUGUUUGAACUCGAAUCCUUGUCAUCAAACAGCAACAUGUGUAAACAAUGAAGGAAGCUACACAUGUAGAUGUCCUCAUGGACACCAAGAAGAGGGAGAGUCUUGUGUUGCGAUUACCUGUUCUGUACCAACACCACCAGCCAGAGGAACAGUUUCCCCAGCAAACCAAUUUCUCUACAGAUUCAGUGACGUCAUAACCUACCGUUGUAUUCCUGGAUAUGAAAUUGUUGGCAAUGCUCAAGCUAACUGCAUGGAUAACGGAGAAUGGUCACACCCUGUACCCCGAUGUGACGACAAAAAUGAAUGCCAGCAAGCUAACCCACCUUGUCACCAACAUGCUGAUUGUGUAAAUGAGGUUGGCUCAUACACUUGUACAUGCAGAGAUGGAUUUGUUGGGAAUGGAAUAACCUGCACAGUCCCUGUCUGCCGACCUGUCACUCGACCAACUCAUGGAACUUUCUCAACAUCGGAUCCUGUAUGGAGAGUUGGGACCGAGGUCACCUUCCAAUGUUCUAAUGGAUACAGCUUGGUUGGUUCUGCAACUAUCACUUGCUUGACUGGAGCUGUAUGGUCACACAGAAUACCUGCAUGUCAUGAUGUUGAUGAAUGUAUUGAUCCCAACAUUGAAUGCAAUGAACAAGCUUCAUGCUCCAACACAAAUGGUGGAUACAAUUGUGUAUGUAACCGUGGUUACUCUGGUGACGGUCAAGUGUGUACAUUGGUAACAUGUGAAGAACCUCUGUCGACUUCCCAUGGCUCUUUCUCUCCACUUGUUGUGCAAGGACCACGUCAAUACAAUCAUGCCGUCACAUAUCAUUGCUAUGAUGGAUUUAUUUUAGAAGGAGCAUCAACAGCAGUUUGCCAACAAAACGGACAGUGGUCAAACCCACCCCCUACUUGCAGACGCGACAUCCCUGAUGUAAGGUGGUGCACUGCUAGUGGUGAUCCUCAUUAUGAUACCUUUGAUGGACAACAUUAUGAAUUCCAAGGCCAAUGCUUGUAUGACUUCAUCAAGUCAACUAAUGUUGCUCAUGCUGCUGGUCACCCACAACUGACAGUGCAGACCGAAAAUGAAAGAAGAUUUGGCUUGACUCAUGUUACCUGGUUGAAAAAGGCAAUUAUCAGGCUGCCUAAUAUUGUAAUCGAACUGAGGAAAGCUCUUGUUGUAUUGAUCAAUGGAAUACAAACCACUCUUUCAUACGAUGAUCCAGCAAGUGGUGUAAGCGUUCGCAUUAGUGGACGUUAUGUAACAAUCACUACAUCGUUUGGAAUGAGACUUAGAUAUGAUGGAAAUCAUUACCUAACAAUUGGUUUGCCCGCUUCAUAUGCUGGCGCAGUUGAAGGUUUAUGUGGCAACUACAAUGGUGAUCCAACAGACGAUAUGAUUGACAGAUCAACUGGGCAAGUUGCAUCAAGCAGUGUUGCAUUUGGAAACAGCUACCAGAUUAAUUCUGCCGAUGAAUGUGCAGCAGCAUCUGCAACCACUUCUGCGUGCACAGCUGCGCAAAGAGCAGAUUAUGAAGCUCAGUGUUCUAUAAUCACAAAUCCCAAUGGUUGCUUCAGUGAAUGCCACUCAAUUGUUCCACCUGAAACUUCAUUCCAGAAUUGUGUGUUUGAUUUGUGUGCAUUCAAUGGAGAAAAAGCUUCUCUGGUGGAAAACGUUGCAGCGUAUGCAACUGACUGUCAGGCCAAUGGAAUAACUCCUUGUAUUUGGAGAAAUGUUAUUGGAGCACCAUUGAACUGCACAGCAAACUCACAAUACAAGUUGUGUACAUCUGCCUGCCCAAACACAUGUGUAGAUGCCACAGCAAGCUCAUCUUGUUCUGAUGUUUGCACUGAAGGAUGUGAAUGUGAUGAUGGAUUCAUUAUGUCCGGUACCUUUUGUGUUCCUUUCUCCCAAUGUGGAUGUGUUGAUAAUGGAAGAUAUUACAUGAAUGAUGAAAGCUUUUACACCGCCAACUGUGAGAGACAUUGUGAUUGUUUGAACGGUCAGUUGUUGUGCUCUGAUGCAGGCUGUCGAACUGGAGAGAAAUGUGGAGCUGAUGAUGAUGGAAGGUUGAGAUGUCUUCAACCUACUUCUUCAUGCAAUGAAGUACCAAUCGGGAAAAACAUCCGACUUCCCCCAUCAUGUGCAGUGACUUACUUUGAUGUUGGUGCAUGCCCAUCCGUUGUUUGUCCUGGCACAAACUUCUUUGAGACUCAGUGCUGUGGUGUGGUAGAGCGAAGGAUGGUACAAGUUGAUUGUGGAAAUGGUGAAACAAUUUCUGUGAGCAAAGUAACAAGAUGUGGCUGCAGUACGUGCAUCAAACAAACAAUUACAGUUUCCGGAAAGGUAUAUGGACUCAAUGCUGAUGGCACAGAAAUGCCCUUGAGUCAUGGUACUGUCAUCAGGAACAACAGAUCAGCUGCCACAACGGAUGUUAACGGGAAAUUUAGUUUAAAUGUUGAUUCCGAUGUCGAUCGACUCGUGUUGACAUUUGUUGAUAGAUUUAGGCGACUCAUGACCACAACAAAGAUAUUGGAAUUCAAGAGAUUGGGAGGAGCAAUCUUCCACAACAUCCGAGUUCCUCUUAAGGAAUCAGUCCACAACUUCAUCUCCACCGAUCGUGGUGACUUCCAUCCAACAUCACACGGUCGCACCAGUGUCAUUAACAUCAUGGUGGAACCGAACUCCUAUUUCCAAAAGAGUGGAUCUUCAUACAAUGGCAGGGUUCGAUCCAGCAUCACAUACAUUGAUCCUCGAGAUGUUUCAUCUUAUCUAGAGGCACCAAGUGAUCUCCGAACAGAAGAUGGAAGAGUGAUGAGGUCAUAUGGGAUGUUUGAACUUGAUUUUAGAAACUUCCAGAAUUACGAACUCGAUGUCAGAAAUAUUCGAAUUUCUCUUCAAGCUAGUGAGGUGGGUAUUCUUUCUGAACAACGACAAAUGAGGAUGUGGUCUCUUAAUCCAGUCAACGGACUGUGGUAUGAUGAAGGAGAAAUGGCUCUGAUAUCAUCUGCGCAAGGAAUGCAAUUAACUGCUAACAUUGCUUUGGUUCAAACUCGAAGAUUAUUAAACAUCGACGUUGCUUCGCCAAGAACUUGCUAUGCUAAAGUGCGUGCAUAUGGAUCUGAUGCAUUCAAUAUCUGGGAUCAAGUUUCCUACAUCUUGGUGGAUGCUGUCUUCCGAGAAGCCACUGAUAGUAGAUGGAGGAACUUUGGAUCAUCACUCACGCUUCCUAACUCAGGAGCAUGCUUAAGAGUCUUUUGUGAUGUUGCUGACAGCAAUGCUUUCACUGCAACAUUUACUGCCUCACUAAAUGCUGAGAAAAGCUUGGAUGCAGCUUCAUCUAUUAAUCAAGAUUCCGCUAUCAUUGGGGUGUCAGAUGAAAUUCUACCACUCAUCAAUUACAGGAGGUCUGGUCAUGGAGGAAGUCACCAAGACACAACGUCGUUCACCAUCAAUUUACCACAAACUUCCAAUGUAACACAUUUGGAUGGACCUUUCUACAGAGACCAAUUUGAUUGUUUAACUGCACCAGUUACUCAUGAUCAUUUCAGAUUCUCAAUGAAACCAAGUGCACUAUUUGAGUUUAACACAAUACCCAUUGAUGAGAAUAACAUUUUCUUUACUUGGCAAAAUACACCUCUGAUUUGGUGGCCAAGACCAAAUCAAUUUAGAUCAUGCUAUAUGAAGGUGAAAAUUAUUGGAACGGCAAACGCAGUUGUAGUGGAGAGCAGAAAUACUGUUGGUUCGAGACAAGACGUUCUUCACCAGUUGUAUGGAAUUCGGGAAGAUAGUAGCGUUAGUAAUGGAGUGGAAUCUACAGCUUGUAUUGAAUUUAAGUGCAGUGGAGUUUCGCUGGACCAGCAAACAGAUCAAACGGUCGUGGAUAUAACACCACGUGGCUCAUGUUCUCGUACAAAUGUCAACGUGCUCUUAACGAACUACCUCACCGAACGUAACAGCCUGGCUGACCAAGUCUCUAUCGCAAGCUUCAAGAUGUUUGCACCUACCGAUCCACUCGGACAUAACUACGGUAUCUAUACAGUCACCACCAGCGAUCCUAUCACAUCGAAGCAGUUGUCAAAGGGCAGAUGUAUGGCUGGCCAAUCAAGUAUCACUUCUUCCGUAAUGCAAGUUGAUAAUAACGUCGCGGUGACUUUCAACUGCGGAUCCCAUUAAUUUAUACCUAAUACCAAAAGCAUAUUAACCACGCGGCUUAAUAUAUUAAUGCAUUUAUUUAUGUGCUAGCUUUAUAACCUCUGUAAUAUAAUCUAACUGCAAUGUAUUAAUGGUGAAAUAAAUAUAUAUGAAGCACAGAA